AGAGGAUCGGCUUCCCAAAGAAGAAGGAACCACCGUCGAGGCCGAUCUGCGGCCUAAGGCCACCAGGCUGCUCGAUCGGGACGGAUCCCCACCGGCGCAUGACUCGUCUUUUUGCCUGCGUUUUCGUUUCUUCUUUCUUUGUCGCUUUCGUCGGCCGAACGACGCCCAUGACGAUGGAGAAAGGCUUCAACCGUUGACCAACGCCCGUGGACCGGACCAUCACCUCAAUCAGAACCCCGUCUCGUCUCCGAAUUUCCUCCCUCCCUCCCCGCCAUGUCAUGGAAACGUCGGAAAUCCUCGUUCACGUCUCCGCUCCCAGCACCGCCGCGGACGAUGCCCGCUAUCGUGCUCAAGUUCAGGCCAUCCUCGGCUUUCGUCCUGUCUCGAGUCAAGUAAUCACCCUCAAGUCGGACGAGAGUCCUUGUGAUCAGACGCAAGAGCAGGAUCAGAGUCAGGAUCAAGACCAAAAUGAAAGUCAUGAUCGCCCGCAUGCCGAUGACGCCCGUCAUCGUGGUGCCGAUGCUCAUUCCGCCGGCCCAUCUCUCCCUUACACGUCCGAGUCUACCUUCGAUCUCGAUCUCCACGUGAUCCCACCUCAUAAUCAUAAUAUUAUCCCCUCGACGGCGUUGGCUGCGGCGACAGACCCGCCACCGCCUGGUGGCGCUGCGCCGGAUUCGCUAGGUAGUCCGGUCAGCGUUAUACCGGACUCUCAGCCCGAGAGAUUGGUCUCGGACAAUGCCGCCGAUUUAACUUCAGGCCAGCAUCAGAGGAUAUCGUCGCCGGAUUGCUCGUCGCCUCGCCCGUCGAAGCGAUGUCGAAUAGACCCGGAUCCGACCCCAGGUCAGCCCUCUAAAGAUGUCUCGCGCAAGGAACCUACACCUACUGCCACAGAGCACGAAGGAAAAGAAGAACAAAAGCAGGAACCAAAAGAAAAAGACACUACUACACCCCAGAUCGAUCGUGAAACCCGCCCUCCCCCCGAUCCUCCUUCCUCUCCCAUCCCCAAAUCCAAACCAAAGUCUCCGAACAAAGACAAAGGCGACAAUAAACCAUCUCUCCCUCCCGUUCCCGUCAUUGACAUCAAAAUCGUCCCUCCCAUGCAAAUCAGGCCCUCUCCACCUCCAAUUUCCAACAAGAAAUUCACCACACACAUCACCCCCACCCUAUCCAUGCUCUUCAACCGUCUGCAUUCCCCGCGAAUCUACACACCAGCCCAUCAGUCCCGCUCUCUGGACAUCCUCGAACGAGGAUACUGGUAUAUUCGUAUUGACAUCCUGCACGCAGACGCUGAUGCGAGCAAACCCAAUCCAAACCCGAAUGUCUGGAAUCCGUCCCUCUUCCGCCGCUUCUGGUCUUUCCUAAGCGAGUUUGUAGGGAAAGAAGAGAGAGCGGGAUGGGGAGUUUGGUGCUUACUUGAAGAUGUUUCGUCGAGCUCUGACACAGACUCUGGCUCUGGCUCUGAAACACGAUCCCGUUCCCAAACUGAUUCAAGUUCAAGCUCCCAGCACAACCAGAGCGUUCCCCCGGCUCACGAGCUCAGUCUGAAGGUUUACGCAUGGGGUGAGAUCGCCGUGCAUGUAUACCUACUUCUCUUCCUGGCCAGCGAGCGCCGCAUCCGUAAAAUGGGUGCGCAGUGGCACGACGGCAGCGAGGAAAUCGUAAUCCGCAUGCCGGGGUCCACCUCUACUCCCGCUCCUGCUAAGUAACGUCCACAGAGACUGGCCGGCCAGUUUCCAGAUGACAGUUAUAUCCUCGUAUAUAUACGCACUUUCAUCAAAUUGAGCUUCCCAAUAAUUAUACCCUGUGUAUACGACAAAUUC